CGAGGCGGGGUGUGGCUAAGCUGCCAGCUUGACGUUUGCGAAUCCACAUGGUACACAUUUUAAGAGGCAGGAGACGGAAUAAUAAGAACCGUGGAUUUGAACUAAUGCCAUUGCACUGACUCAUCCAGGGAGAGUAAAGGAGCUCAGAGAAAAGGAUACAGAGAGAGGCGCUUGGCAGAAAGUAGGCGGGGGGCUUGUAACAAGAGGGGGCGAGAUCGCCUUCAAGAGAGAAGGGGCAGCGUCAAGGGUUAAAAGAUCAUUAACUGAGAGGCACAUUUUUAACAACGACAAAUAAACAAACAAAGAUCCUCAGAUCCCGGACUGAAUCAUCCAGUCCGGUUAGAGCAGGAAGCUGGCACUUUUCUGAAGGGCUUAAUUACACAGGAGGCGAAGAUCCCCCUGACUUCAAAACUACAGUGCCACCGAGGCUUUGAAAGCAGAAGAGGGAUCCACAGGAAGUUGGAAGGCAGGGGAUCGGGCGCAUCUACCGUGACGGCUUUCUCCUCUUUAGAUGAUAAAGGCGCAUUUGGAAAGGGAAGGAGUUUUUUAUUAGCAUAUCUCCGGUUUAAUGAACAAAAUCAAGUUUUAAUUUUCAUUCGAGACUCAAUGAUUUGACUCUAGAGGGAGUAUUUUUUUUUCUAUUUACUAUACGCAAGGGAACGUUUGGGGGGGAUUGUUUUUAGUUCUCCCAGUCCUGUAUCUGAAGGAAAGAGAAUCUCAGGAAAGGACUGCGUUUUCCACGGCUUGAAACCGAGAGAGGGAGGAAAGCGCCAAACGCAACAACUAUCUCCGUUCAGUGUCCUCGGAAAAUCCUAAGGCGGCAAAGCAAAUAAAGAUCGGAAGCGAGCGAGCCAGAGAGGGACAGAGGAGGCAGCGCGCUGGGAGUUUUUUUUUUUAAAUUAAAAAAAAAGAGUUUAUUUCCCUCCUGCUUCCACCUCGGAUCAUGUACCAGGACUUUCCAGGGAAUUUUGAUACCUCCUCCCGGGGCAGCAGUGGUUCUCCUGGCCAUCCGGAAACUUACUCCAGCGUGACACCUCAACAGAAAUUCCGGGUAGAUAUGCCAGGAUCGAGCAGCACUUUUAUCCCCACUUUGAACGCUAUUACCACCAGCCAAGACCUGCAGUGGAUGGUCCAGCCCACUGUGAUCACCUCCAUGCCAAGUGCCUACUCUCGCUCGCAUCCCUACAGCCAUGCUCUGCCAAAUCUGUCUUCAGUUUCUGGCCACACAGCCCUUCAGAGACCUGGAGUUAUUAAAACCAUUGGGACAACUGUAGGCAGGAGGAGACGAGAUGAACAGUUGUCACCUGAAGAAGAGGAAAAGAGAAGGAUUAGAAGAGAGAGGAACAAGCUAGCAGCUGCCAAAUGCCGCAACAGACGUCGAGAGCUGACCGAGAAGCUCCAAGCGGAAACAGAGGAGCUGGAGGAGGAGAAGUCUCUUUUGCAGAAGGAGAUUGCUGAACUGGAGAAAGAGAAGGAGAAGCUGAAGUUCAUGCUGAUGGCUCACAGUCCCAUGUGCAAGAUCAGCCCUGAGGAGCGCCGGACCCCACCUCCUCACAGCCUCCAGACAGUCCGGACUGGAGUGAGUGGUGCCAUAGUUGUGAAGCAGGAGCCAGUGGAGGAAGAGAUCCCCUCCUCAUCUUCUGACCUGGAAAAAGGGCAAAGGUCUGUCAUCAAGCCCAUCAGCAUUGUAGGAGGUUUUUAUGGAGAAGAGCCUCUCAACACUCCCAUUGUGGUGACCUCAACACCUGCUGUCACUCCUGGCACAUCUAACUUGGUCUUCACCUACCCCAGCAUGCUGGACCAGGAGUCUCCACUCUCCCCUUCAGAGUCUUGCUCCAAAGCUCACCGGAGGAGCAGCAGCAGUGGCGACCAGUCCUCGGAUUCCUUGAACUCUCCAACUCUGCUGGCACUGUAACCUUUUCCCUUUCGCCCUCACUCUACCCAGUUACUCUGGGAGAAAGCCCCUCCUUGAAAUCAAAGACCAGCACAAUGGUGUUCAAGCACAAGGGCUGCAAGAGCAAGAUGGGGAAAUAGCGUGUCCCCAGGUACUUCUGGCAUAGGAGGAACCAGACCAAAUGCAAGCCAUAAGAGGGAUUGGGGGGAGGGUUGGGACAGACGUCACACUACUGGGAUCUGAGUGCUUGGACUAUAUGGUGAGGGGGGAGGAAUUCUUCCACAGUUUAGUGUACUCUUGGCCAGAAGUGGAUGCUAGCUUCAGUAAAUCACUAGUCAUUCCCCUGUUACACUGAUGAAUGGACUGGUCAGACCAGGUUACCAUCUGUGCUUAGAAAUACAUUCCAGUUAGAUGAUCUCAUGUAGGUCUUUGGCUUUUAUUUUUAUUGGAUGCCAUGACAUUUCGAAAACUCUAAAGGCUUGUUGCAAUUGUUGUUACACCGCUGCUGAUGUUGGGGGGGGCGGGGUCUGUCUACAGGAAAUGCUAGCUGUCAUUGGGUAGUUUUGAGUUGAUGAUGAUCAUGGAGCUGAGAGGAAUAAACAACAGGUCCAUAUGAUUCUUUAGAAGUUACACUUCCAACACUUUAGAGGAGGGAGGGAAAAGCAAGUUGGAUGUGCUGGAUAUUCUGUUAACAAAAGGAAAAGGUCCCUUUGAAGGACCCAGAGUAUGGAGUGAGAGAGGCGUGGUUUCUCUUUGUGCUGCACGGGUCAUGUCUUCGACACGCCUCAUAAGUGGGCCAGGAGUGGAGCCAAGGGAGCUGAGGAGAUUGCCAGCAUCGCUUUCCACUCAGCCUUUGUUGCUGGCAUGGUUUCUUCUGUAAUUAGCGUUUGUCAAAUCUGUUGCUGGACCCUGUGUUUCCUUUCCCUUUGGCUGCCAGCCACCUUGGGUGUGAUGCAUCCUCAUCAUCCACGUGCCUGACUCAAACGCUGGUGCCGUUUCUUGAACGCAGCCUGACUCCCCAAUCUGCAGGCCACAACUCUUCAGCUGUGCUGCCGUUCUUCACUUGUGACUGCGCCAGGGAGGGGAUUCACCAAAGGUGAAACUGCAGAAAGUGAGCUGAGGGCUCCCUUUGAGAACUCCUCUAAUUUUUUUUUUCUGGUUACAUUUUACAUGUCCGUUCCCAGCCAAAGUUUUAUGUAGUGCUAAUCUGAUGGCUUCAGGCCUGAUUGUUUCUUUUCUUUUUUCUGGUUCUCAAGACAAACAAAGGGAAAUCGUUCUUAUGCCUUCUCUUUGUCCCUGCACAUCCAAGUGGACUAGGCUGUUUGAAAACCUGUGCUCACUACUGAAAUGGGCAGCAUGCUUCACUCCAUUCAUCUCUUUCAGUGCCAAAGCAAAAUCCUGUUAAAGACAAUCGCAUUUAGACUGUGCAGCUGCUUGGUUUGUAGAGAAACAAACUGUUGAAUCUUGGAGAGGUGUGCUGGGUCCUCCAUAUAGUGGAGUCUGGCUUGUUUAAGAAUGUCUAAUUGAAUCCAACCCAGCCAAGGUUCCUACGACAAGCGUGUUUGUGUGCAGGUUUCCAUCGUUGUUUUUGUUUCUUGGGUGUAGCAGGCCAAAUGGCUGGGGGAUUUGUAAUCUCAUUGUGCUAUUUUCAGGACCAGCUUUCUGAGCGGAGGGAACAUCUUCAAGCCAUGUUUAACUCCAUUGGUGAGCAUCUCUGCACUGGGGCUUUGGCUUAACAGCCAGGGAAUUCUUUGAGUGUUUCCAAUGAAGUUAGUGACCAAAUUCCCAUUGGUUUUAAUGGAUUGGGAUUGCAGCCAUAUUUUCAGGUCAGCACUUCAGUGCAAAAGGGAUAUAUGUGCUAGGAUGAUUUUAAAAACAAUUCAGAGUUUUGUAUCAAGAAAAGUCAAAUUCUGUGACAUGACUAAAUCAUGCAAAGUUGUAUAUAUUUAUAAUUUUGCAUUAUUUAUUCUGCCUGCGGUAGCUAUGAGGAGAAAGGAGCUAUGCAGAGCACUGAAGCUCUACCUCUGGCCGCUGGCCAACCUACUUAGCACCCCUCUGGCCUCCAAAAUGACCUAAGCCUUUUCAAUCAUCUUUUUGCAGCAAUAAAACCCAGAAACUUUUUUAAAGUGUGAGAAAACUGUGUUUCUGGAUGCUGAUAAUUGUAUCUGAUACCAGAUUCUGUACUUUAGUAGUGGGGUCUAGUAAUGCCUGAAGUCAAACACAGUUCUGGCUUUCACUCUGGUUUCUAAAUGCAAUGCCUCUCCCAGUGAAACAUUUUCUUCAUGCAUUUCUGGUCUCCACUGUGCUGUAACUAGGGACCCUGUUCAAAACAUCUGUUGACUGGCUCAGGGAGGAUUCUUCUGUCAAUAGGGUGGGCAGAGAACUCACAUCCAGGUUGCAACAGUUUUAAAAAUAACACAGACCCCCCCCCCCCUUUGGACCAAAGUCACUGAUGUGCUUAGAAAAGCUUUUCAUUGCCUAGGCAAGCAGAAUUUUUUUUAAAAAAACAAACCCUGCCAUUUUCUCAGCCCAUGUAAAUGUGCACUGGGCCAAUUUGGACCAGAUUGCCUUUUCUUCUUAGCGAUUCUUGGAAAACUGGAGGCUGAAUACAACUGAGGUGCCUGUUGUGCCAGGCUUGUAAAAUAAAGUAUUAUGGGCAGAAGGGGGAUAUGAUGUCCAUGGUAGUCUCCCAGUAUGUGUGUGGUGGUGCAUGACAGAUGGCAACAUGCAGGGCUGCCCAUUUGCUAGCUGUUGUUCACUGAGGUCAAGGAGCCCAUGCUGGUCUGAGAAAUGUUACAGGAAAGAACUGGAUAAAUUAAUGGAUGGUAAUCCUUUUGCAACUGUUUUCUGAAAUAGCAUGAAACUGUUGUGUAAAAGACAAUAUUUAGAACAUGAUUUUCUUGAUGAAGCUAGGAUGAGUGAUAGGCCACCUCCACAGAAGAGCUCCCUUUCAAAAGACUCAAAUGAAUCUCCAGACUCUGAAGUCUUUUGUAACUGCUUCCAGUUGUAAUACCAGAUAUACUUUUGCACAUUCUAUUAGCUUUUUUGUUUUCUACCAAUCACUUUGCAUAUUCCUCCCUGGGCCUAGCAGCAGUGGCUCACCUUUGCAGGUUGGGGGUCGGGUUGGACUGCUUUGGGACCUGUUUUUUUUCUCACAACCAAACCAUCUCUCUCCUCCACAAUGUGGCUUGUUGGAGCCAAUCAGUGCAGUUCACUCCUUACAAUUACUUCAGGACGCAUUUGUAUUCAGGCCAAUUCGUGUUCUGUUGUGUGAAUCCACCUUGAACUCCAGAUUCUGCCUUUUUUCUAAUUAUCUUUGUAAUCAUGUGUAAACUUGUACACCUGAAGAAGCAUGCUGAGCUUUUUUCCUUAUGUUACACACAUGGAACUCUGGCUAAAUUUGGGUGGGAUGGGAGCUUUGGCCUGAUGGACGCUUGUUGAAUACUUCCACUUGUUCUUGGUCUACAGAGAAUGAAGGAAUAUACCUGGAUUUUUGAAUUGGCAUGAAACCCAACAUCCUGUAAGGAUUAAUUUAACUAUUGAAUUAGGAACUCUGUGAAAACUAGUUUUCUAUAACACCUGCAAGGUUAUGAAUCCCUCGCCCUAAUGACAAUGUGACAUUGCUUAUGUUGAAAAUUAUGGAAACUUUGCAGGUGAGGCAGAGACCAAGCUCUUUUAAACUCUGUAUGAUUCAUGCUCUGAUAGUUGGGUCUCUAAUUCAGCAAUUAUUUGCUCACAUAUAGGUUAAAUCCACAUGCACGUAACUUGAUAAAUAGGGGUGUCAUCAUUCAUUACCCUGAAAUUCUGAGAAAGCCUAAUAACUUUGUUUGAAGGAAAUACUGCUUUGACUCCCAACACUAAUUCUUUCGUAAAUCUUUGCUUCCUAUUAGUUCCAACUUUGUGACUGUUCCAUUCGAUUUAGAGCAUUGUGCACCCCUCACACACUUAUUGCUGCAUGAUUUCUUUUCAUUUCAAAAUGUUUUGCCCUGGCCCUGGUAACAUAAAUGGAAGAUAGCGUGACCCCAUGGUUUUAAUGGACUGUGCGCUUAAACCCAUAGAGUGCUUGUGAUAUAUUGACAAAGCCUGAGCUAUUAUGUUGAUAUCAGUAGCUUCCCCCUCCCACUUAAAAUGUUUUUAUUUAAUUGAUUUAUUGCCUUUAUUUGAAUCUACCAGUGUGCUGCUUUUUUCCUGUUCCACCUGGCCUUCAUCCUAAAAACACUCUCUUGGGUUUCUCAUUAUUUAUUGGCAGGCAAACACUUCUUGUGUCAGCUCCAGCAAAUCUGCCCACUAUUAAUGUAAUAUCCCUUUAACUUGUGUUCCUGAUUUUUGUUGCCAAAAUGAAAUUCUGCACCAUAAAAAACUUGCAAAGUUAUUUUCAUUCAAUAGGGUGGGUCGAAUAUUUUAAGAGGGUGCAAAUGAUCCUGUGUUUGUUUUUGUUUUAUUUAUAUAUACAUAUCUAUAAAUAAUGUUUACAACUUUUUUCUGCCUCAGAUUUUAAAAACAGCAUUACAAACCUAUGCCUUUCCCCUGCUGAUUUUUUAAAAAAAAUAUUGAUUUUCCUUUAUAAAAUAUAUUAUCCAUGGGUUGGGGCGGAGAGAUUUUUCCCUCCUCAUUCAUAAUUCUUCUGCAAGUUUCUUCUGCUCUGCCUGCCUUCUGCAUUUACAUGAACUGUUUCUAUUUUAAUUUUAGAAAUGGCCUAUGGGCAGUUUGCGCUUGUCAUGGACCUCUCUGUUCUUGACAUUCACGUGAAUCAUUUUCUGUUUAAGUAAAAUGACAGUGUGCAUUAAAACACUGGACAGGGUUUUUUAUUCCACCAUGUGAUGGUACACAUGAUUACAUAACUUACUGCUCCUGUUAGAUAACAAUACACAUGUUAGUGAUGGUUCUAGUGCACCUGGAUUCCCCCUGCUUAAAGGUGCAACCUUGCGCAUUUUGCCAGCAGAAUGAUCCAAAAUUGCAGGGUUUUUACUGUUAUGGCAAAUAUGACACUGUUCUAGCCAAGGCAUGAUAUCGUUAAUUAACAGAGCCAUCCUCAGUUACACCCUUCAGUGGACAUAGAAGGGUGUAAUCCUUCUUAGGAUGGCCUGUAACCUUGUCAGCUAUCAAGUAACUGACUAAGAGAAAUGUCUUUCAUGCUUGUAUAAUACAAUAUAAUUCCCUGGUGUUUUGAUGCUCAUGGUUGCUUAUAUGCAUGGCUUUACCUAUAUGGGGGACAAAACCCAUGCAAACUGAAUGGAUGGAAAGCUAUGGCAACAGCAAUAUGGUCUCUUGAAAUUCUGGACAUCCAAGCCAGAAUAUUAUCAGAAAGAGAACCUGUUGACUCCCUGUGAUCAUAAUAUGGUAAAUCAGAACCACUAAAUCUGGGCAGGGGGAGGGAAAUUUGAAAGCAUCCUUAUCUAUAGGAUUUUUCCUGUACAAAAUGUAUAAAUGAAAUACUUAUUUCUAAAGAUGCAUUAUCAAUCCUCUGCAAGUAGUAGAUGGAGUUGGAAGAAUGGUCUUGGAAUACAAGAGAUGAAUCAAAAUGUUUUCAUCCUAUGAAAUGGUUUUCUUCUCACCCACUUUGUACAAUUAAAAAGUUGGUUGACUUUUAUGUUGGUGACUGUUUGGUGUGGAAAAAUAUUGAAUUAUGUGUAGAAAUUAGAUCUCAGAUUUGUCUUUGCUCAGUGAGAGGAUACAGUGUUGUAUAUAUAAAUUCUACUGUGUAGUCUUAAGUAAUUUUGGUGAGAGAUGGUUCAUCUUCAUUAGCACAAUAGUUUUCCUAGUGUAAAAUGGAUGAAUGCUUUAAGAUCCCUAAAGAAAAAAAAGGCCUGACUCUCAUUCUGUUUACAUGGCUGUGAUCCUAAAUGCACUCACAUUAGAUGUAUGUAACUACACUGGUGAUAACCUUGGUAGAGGAAGUGAUCUGAGUGAUCCAAUUUGUGCUGCAAAACUAUGGAGAUUAAUAAAUGUUUGGGUGUGCCAUUCCCCACCCCCCGAAUAUUUUAGCCACAUUCCCUUACUUUGAGGGAAAACAAUUCCUGUUGAAAGUUCUUUGAAAUGACCAAAUUGGAAUCCUUAUAAUUUUUGUAGCUUUUCCUACAGAGAAGAAGCUUGCCCUAUGCUGUCAUCCUGUUUUUUGUUUUUGUUUUUGUAAUGGAGACGUACAAUAUUUGCACUAAAAACCACAAUGAUUAAAACAAUUAUAUGGAAACUGCUUUGGGAAAGGCUGCUGCUAACAAAGAACAUGCUAAAAUGAUGGUCAUGCUUUUACACUUAAUGGAAUAGUACCAUUUUUUAGAAUAAAAUCAAUGUAGAUUGAAAAGAAUGAAGGUUUUAUAAAUAUAUAUAUAUAUAUAAUUAUUAUUUUUUACCUUUUCUCACUCUUCAUUUCAUUCUCCCAUCCUGUUCCAUGCUCUGUCACUGCACCUUUUCGGCUGGCUGAAUGUGUUUACUUCCCCCUCCCCUCCCCAUGUUAGAACAGUUGUAAAUUCUGCUUUCAUGGCACUGCGGACACCUUUUUUUUCUGGAAAAAGUGAGAACUAACUGGAGUUCUUUGUUUUGUUGAAGUCAUUAAAAGAUUCUCUUUGUUAUGA